AUGUCUAUUGACAAGAAUACUCGCCUCACACACAAAUCUCUCCCAAAGCUUAUCAUUCCAAAAGGGAAUCGUCGGGUGGAGCCUGAAGAGAUUACGGCGAGCCGCGUCGAGGACUUUCUAGACUACUGCAUUAAGUUCGGAAAGGCACCUAUUACGCGGCUCCCAGAUAUUGCAGAUAUUGCCUUUAUCUCCCUUUCCGGCACCUUAGACUCAAGUUCAGGUGAUACGAGACGCUGGAAGAAGGGAAAAAAGCCAGAAAAGGAGCCGUACAGUAAUGAAGAUCAGAAAGACCCGGAUACUAUCGCAUUUACGGCUUGUGAUUACCGCAGUCUAGACGCGUUACAAGCAGAGCUUGCCGAGGUUAAGGUGCUACAUGAGCAUGCAUUACGCAAAUUGUUGGAAAACAAGACUGAUAAGAAAGCAUUGUUAGUAUGCAGGACAGUUAGAAUGAAGCGGGAGGAAAUUGAUAACGAGAUCUCGGAAAUUCUUCGAAAGAGGACGAUUCGCCGGAAGUUUAGACAGGAUUACAACAACCCCCCGGGAUUAACGAAUUGGUAG